CAGCUCCACGAGGACUAAACUAGGUGCUGCCUUGCUACCACCAUGCCGGAAGUUGAGAGGAAAUCCAAGAUCACUGCCUCCCGCAAACUCAUGCUGAAGAGCCUGAUGCUAGCCAAGGCCAAGGAGUGCUGGGAGCAGGAACAUGAGGAGCGAGAGGCUGAGAAGGUGCGUUAUCUAGCGGAGCGCAUCCCCACACUGCAGACCCGAGGCCUGUCCCUCAGCGCCCUGCAGGACUUGUGCCGAGAGCUACAUGCCAAGGUGGAGGUGGUGGAUGAGGAGCGAUAUGACAUUGAGGCCAAAUGCCUCCACAACACGAGGGAGAUUAAGGACCUGAAACUGAAAGUGCUGGACCUCCGUGGGAAGUUCAAGCGCCCACCCCUGCGCCGGGUCCGCGUCUCAGCUGACGCCAUGCUCCGAGCCCUGCUGGGCUCCAAGCACAAGGUGUCCAUGGACCUACGGGCCAACCUGAAGUCUGUGAAGAAAGAAGACACAGAGAAGGAGCGACCAGUAGAGGUGGGAGACUGGAGGAAGAAUGUGGAGGCCAUGUCUGGCAUGGAAGGUCGCAAGAAGAUGUUCGAUGCCGCCAAGUCCCCGACCUCACAGUAGAGGUUGCCUUGCUGUAUGGCACUCUGGGAUCGUGCUUUGGGCCCCUUCCUCCAGCCCCACUCACCUAUCUUUCUGCCAAUGCCUGGAGCACCCCUGCUACGCCUCCCUCCCCCCAGCCUACAUGGCCACCUUUGGAGGCAGGAUGAGAAUGGUACACAGAGGAGAAGAGAGAAGCGAGUCACUGAGAACUCAACGUACGAGGCACGCUGGUGUUACCCAGUCACACCGAGGGGCCAUAGGCUGAGGAGGGACCAGAGAGAACACCUUCCCUACAGCCCCAGAUCGCUACUCUCCAUUU